GAUCUCCCUUUCGACUUGCCUUUUCCUGUCCCCUCACUACAGCUUACUUAUUCGUUGCUUUGCAUGGGUUUAGACGUAAUGUCUCGCUACGGCCCGAGACGCGUCCACCACGACGCCAUGGCUUCUUGUUCUCUUACCGUAUCAUCAGACAGUCCUCCCUCCAUGAGCGACGCGCUUUCUCCCGCAAAGUCUCUUACUCCCCAACGGAAACACCACAAACUCCUCAAGGAUGGUAGCGAGGUAUGGUCCGAGGACGUGGAGAAGAUUUUCGUCGAAGGUUUAAGGGAAUAUUGGGAAUCACCUUGGGCAACGUAUUCACGUGGGCGCAGUCGUUGGCGCAACCAGUUUCUUGUUGAUCAUCUGAAGAAAUAUGGCAUCGAACGCAGCAAGAAACAAGUCGCAAGCCACAUUCAAGUGCUGCGAAAUAUGUGGAGGGAACAGCCAGAGUUCCAUUUGGUCGCGGGAGGGGAGGAGCUCUUCAUGGAGAACGGUCUCUUGGCAUCCCCGAAGAAUGCACGAAGGGGUUCAGGCAGUCCUCGUUCUUCACAUUCUACGCCAAAGCGUGAUGCGUCGUCCUUGUCUCCAACCCCCAGUUCCUCCACCUCCGAGUUGCCUACCAACUUCCCCGCAUCAAUGUCAAUGCCUCAGCUCACGUCCCCGUGCGGCUGGCCAGGCUCCUCCAUGCCGUUGUUUGAACAGUUUAGUGAUACCCUUGUUCCGUCGGCAUUCGACUUCCCAAAUAGGGCUGCUAUGCCCCCACACCGCCUUCGUCCGGCCGUCAAACUCGAGCCUCUCAUGAUGCACGCGGGCUUAUUCACUCUGCCGACUGUCUCUGGGGGUCAUCUCCUUGACGGGACUGAUUUGUCUUCGCCCAAUCCUGUGCAUACAUCAUGUCGCCUACUGAGCCUCAAUCUCUGGGCGGACGGCAUGCAGCCUUUCGCAGUCGAUAUCGACCGACUGACCAAUACUUUGACGAAUCAGAGUAUGACACAACUGGAUCAGUCCAGUGUCCUGCUUCGCAUCAACGUUACAAUUUCUUCCAUUGAUGACAUCCUGAGCCCUCCCAAUUUGCAUGGCUUUCAGGCCGCCAUUACACUGUCGGAGCGCUGGUCAUCGGAGGCUAAGUGCAUCACGAAGAUUUACUCCGGUUCGACAGUCAUGUCUCAGGAAAUGAGUCUUCUUGACGGCGUUUCGGUCCCACAUAUCUCAAGCAAUGACUUUACCUCGAGGGCGGUAACUGUCGGUCUCCCCGAAUCAGCGUUGGGUCGAUGCAAAUGGCUAGAAACUGGACACGAUCACUCAACAAAUCGUAAUCGACGGAGUUGUCAUUGCCGCGUUCGUCUACCACAUCCAGCGACCUCUGGUUCAUGGAACCCUUCCCUCAGCAGAGCUUUUCGGAAUUCAGAGAUACAAGCCCUCAUCGACCAGGCAUCAUCGAGGACGGACUCAUUCACAUCCGUACCAUAUAGGGUCACCGCAGCCUUCACCUAGGUCACCGCCGCAUAGUGGAUCGCCUUUCUUUUCGAGCACCGCCUUUGGCGCGCCGACCGACUUUUCCCUUUUGCCUUAUUCGAACAUGGAUCCCGCAUCGUCGCUACCUGCCCACGGGUUCUCGUAUAACCCAGACUCUCCGGACAUGUUCGGGGUGGAGACGUCAUCAGCGUUCUCGGAUCGUCCGUUCAUGGCACACGCGCCCCGAUCCAUGUAAGCCUGCUUCACGAUGGUCUGGCGUUUUGACCUUCACAAGUGUUUAUCUUUAUAUUGGCGGCCUUCGUCAUUUUUCAUUAUUCGCUCAGACUAGAGGGACAUCACUUAUUUUACCACUAUGUAAACCCCGCAUAGCAUGAACUUACUACGACUUGAAACGAGCAGCAUGAAGAAUAGGACUUUUUGCUUUGUAUCACCAUCAUCCACAUCCCCAUUGUAGUGCUAGCCACCUCCCCCAAAAUCUUACCUCCGGAAACCACUGUAGCCGCUAUAUUCCCAAGGGCACAACGCCCCUCUUCGUCGUCAUGUACAUACCUCAAUGUUUUAUCCGUAAAAUAGUAACUUAUCGAUUCGUACAUAU